AUGGUCUCACCACACGCAAAAGAAGAGACGCCCAUCGCCUCACGCGACAACUCUAUCGAAUCCCUCUCCGCCCUCCCCUCUGACGAAGACUAUGACGUCGAACGCAAACACACCGAUCAAUACCCCGUCAACACACUGACCUCUCACCAACCUGCCCCUGAUGCCAAGGACCACCUCCCGAACAGCGGGAGUGAUCCCGAGAAGCCGCAGCAGAGGCCGGAAGCUGCUAUGGGUGAUGCGAUCUUGAGGUUUUUGGGGGUGAGGAAGAGGCUGCUGGAAGAUCAUCCUGAUGCCAUAGCAACGCAAUACAGCGAGCUCUGGGAUUCCGACAAGGUCGAAGAAUACAAGAAAAUCUACAUCCGAGAUGACUGGGAGAACAUUGAAGCUUUCGACCCGAGUUUCAGGUGGACCAUCAAAGAAGAGAAACAGACGAGACGAGCAGUGGACUGGAAGAUCAUGCUGUGGGUGUGUGUCAUGUUUUCAGCACUCAACAUCGAUCGAGGGAACCUGUCGAAUGCGACUUCGGACAAUAUCCUUGAUGACCUUAACAUUUCCACUGACGACUAUAAUUUGGGUGUGACGAUAUCCAAAGUCGGAUUCUUGAUCGCCGAACUUCCUUCUCAGCUCAUCUCCAAACGACUUGGACCGGACGUCUGGAUCCCCAUCCAAAUCAUCAUCUUCAGUAUCCUCUCCGGCGCGCAAUUCUGGCUCAACGGCCGAGCGUCGUUCUUGGCUUUGAGGUUCUUGAUUGCAGUCUUUCAGGGUGGUUUCAUCCCCGACACGAUCCUGUACUUGUCAUACUUUUACCCUUCUCGACGUUUGCCUAUCCGACUGGCUUUCUACUGGAUGUCUUCCAGCUUCGUGGACAUCUUUGUGGGGUUCUGCGCUGUCGGUCUACUCAAAAUGAGAGGUGUGCUGGGCUAUGCCGGGUGGAGGUGGCUGUUCUUGAUUGAAGGCAUUUUCACACUCCUCAUCGGUAUCGCCUCAUUCUUCCUCAUGCCCACUGCUCCGGCCAAGACGAAGUCUUGGCAUCACCCCAAGGGAUAUUUUACCGACAAGCAAGUCAAGAUUAUUGUCAACAGCGUGAUUCGAGACGACCCCGGUAAGGCUUCCAUGCACAACCGCCAACCCCUCUCCAUCAAAUCCAUCUGGCGCUGCUGCCUCGACUACGACCUCUACCCCCUCUACGCCCUCGGUCUCAUGUUCGGUAUUCCCAAAUACCCCGUCGCGCAAUACCUGUCCCUCUCACUCCGCCAGCUCGGCUUCAACGUCAUCGAAACGAAUCUGUUGACAAUCCCGAGUACGGUGUGUGGUUUGUUGACACAGUUGGGUAUCACGGUGUUGAGCGAGCUGGUGAACAAUCGGUCGUUUGUGGCGAGUGCGGAAGAUUUGUGGUUGCUGCCGUGCUUCAUUGCGUUAGUUACGCUGGCUGAGCCGGUCAAGCCGUGGUCGUACUUUGCAGUUGCGACGGUGCUGCUUUCCUAUCCCUACACACACGCGAUUCAAGUAGCUUGGUGUAGUCGAAACUCUGGGUCGGUAGAGAUGCGUACCGUCUCAGCGUCGCUUUACAACAUGUUCGUUCAAGUCUCGGCCAUGAUUGGUGCCAAUGUGUACCAAGCCAAAGACAAACCCCGCUACUACAAAGCAAACAAGGUCCUCAUCGGUAUCAUUGUUUUCAACUGUGUCGUCCUCUACCCCGGUACAUACUUUUACUACAAGUGGAGGAAUGGGCAGAAGGCAAAGGUGUGGGAUACCAUGAGUGAGGAGAGUCGCAAGGAGUAUUUGGCGACAACGGAGGAUAAGGGGAACAAAAGACUUGAUUUCAGGUUUGCUCUGUAG